GAGCAGAGCAGAGAUGAUGCAGGCUGUGGAAUUGCAGCUGAUUUCACCAUCACCACGCUGCCGUUCUCCAUCUCCUCCUCGCACACGCUGAUGAUGUCAUCACUGCAUCUCCAGCAUCCUCAGCUCCACCAUCACAGCCAUUUUGUGCUUCUGCUCUCUCUCUCUUUCUCCCUCUCUCUCUCUAUCCAUUCUCUCCUCCCUCCCUUCUUCUUCCUGAGAGCCCACCCUGGGUCCUGACGCACCACUGAGUACCAGGCCCCUGCAGACACACACACACACACACACACACACACACACACACACACACACACACGCAGUGACGUUCUGGCUGUAGGCUGAUGUGCUAAUCCAGGGAGAGGCUGAGACCCUGCGCACACACACGCGCGCACACACGCACACACACACAAACACACACACAGAGGGAUACAAGGCAGACGAAGAUGACUGGUUCAAUGGAAUAACAUCCUGCUACAGAAGGUUCCCCAGGAUUUUAACCAUCACAGAGAUCAGGUGAAACUGGGCCUGCGUUUCUCCUUCAUCUGCAGCUCCACACGUCCCUCAUCAUGGCCGGCGCGUCGGUGAAGGUGGCCGUCAGGGUUCGGCCCUUCAACUCCAGAGAGAUGAGCAAGGAGAGCAAGUGCAUCAUUCAGAUGUCGGGGAACACCACCACGAUUCUCAACCCUAAACAGCCGAAAGAGAACAAAAGCUUCAACUUCGACUACUCGUACUGGUCCCACACCUCGCCGGAGGAUGUUAACUUCGCCUGUCAGAAACAAGUGUACCAGGACAUCGGCGAGGAAAUGCUGCUCCACGCGUUUGAAGGCUACAAUGUCUGCAUCUUCGCGUACGGUCAGACUGGAGCAGGAAAAUCCUACACCAUGAUGGGCAAACAGGAGAAAGACCAGCUGGGCAUCAUCCCCCUGCUGUGUGAAGACCUGUUCACCAAGAUUAGUGACAAUGGAGACAAUAACAUGUCCUACUCUGUGGAGGUCAGUUACAUGGAGAUCUACUGCGAGCGAGUAAGAGAUCUGCUGAACCCAAAGAAUAAAGGAAACCUGCGGGUCAGAGAGCAUCCACUCAUGGGGCCAUACGUGGAAGAUCUGUCCAAGAUGGCUGUCACGUCCUACAACGACAUCCAGGACCUGAUGGACUCGGGCAACAAAGCCAGAACCGUAGCAGCUACGAACAUGAACGAGACGAGCAGUCGCUCUCACGCCGUCUUUAACAUCAUUUUCACCCAGAAGCGUUUCGACAGUGAAACAGACAACACAUCUGAGAAGGUCAGCAAAAUCAGCCUGGUGGACUUGGCAGGCAGCGAGAGAGCCGACUCGACCGGAGCCAAAGGAACCAGACUGAAGGAAGGAGCAAACAUUAACAAAUCCCUGACCACGCUUGGCAAAGUCAUUUCUGCUUUAGCUGAAGUGGACUCUUUACCAAAUAAGAACAAGAAGAAGAAGAAGGUGGAGAGCUUCAUCCCCUACAGAGACUCAGUGCUCACCUGGCUGCUCAGGGAGAACCUGGGUGGAAACUCCCGCACUGCCAUGGUGGCGGCUUUGAGUCCUGCAGAUAUUAAUUACGACGAGACUCUCAGCACUCUCAGAUACGCUGACCGUGCCAAACAGAUACGCUGUAACGCCGUCAUUAACGAAGACCCCAACAACCGUUUGGUGCGUGAGCUGAAGGAGGAAGUGGCUCGUCUGAAGGAUCUGCUGUAUUCUCAAGGCCUCGGUGACAUCAUCGAGAUGACCAAUGCGAUGACAGGGAUGAGUCCCUCUCCCUCGCUCUCAGCUCUCUCCAGCCGAGCCGGAUCCAUCAGCAACUUACAUGAUCGGAUCAUAUUCACCCCCGGCAGUGAGGAGGCCAUCGAGAGGCUUAAGGAAACAGAGAAGAUCAUUGCAGAACUUAAUGAGACAUGGGAGGAGAAACUGCGACGCACGGAGGCCAUCAGGAUGGAGAGGGAGGCUCUUCUGGCUGAAAUGGGCGUCGCCAUGAGGGAAGAUGGAGGCACUGUUGGAGUGUUUUCACCCAAAAAGACACCUCACCUGGUCAAUCUGAACGAAGACCCACUGAUGUCUGAAUGCUUGCUGUAUUACAUCAAAGAUGGAAUCACCAAGGUGGGCCGUGAGGAUGCAAGCUGUAGGCAGGACAUUGUCCUGAGUGGACAUUUCAUUAAAGAAGAGCACUGCAUCUUUACAAGCAGCCCUGGACCUUCAGGAGAAGGAGUGGUGGUGCUGGAGCCGUGUGAGGACACUGAGACCUACGUCAAUGGCAAGAAAGUGACUGAGCCUACGGUUCUCCGAUCAGGAAACCGCAUCAUUAUGGGAAAGAGCCACGUGUUUCGAUUUAAUGACCCAGAGCAGGCAAGGCAGGAACGAGAAAGGACGCCAUGCGCCGAGACCCCCAUGGAGCCCGUGGACUGGGCCUUCGCUCAGCGGGAACUUUUGGAGAAACAGGGUAUAGACAUGAAGCAGGAGAUGGAGCAGAGACUGCAGGAGCUUGAGGAUCAGUACCGCAGAGAACGAGAAGAGGCAAGCAACCUUCUCGAGCAGCAGAGACUGGAUUAUGAAAGUAAGUUAGAGGCUCUGCAGAGGCAGGUUGACUCCCGGUAUUACCCUGAAACUACAGAGGAGGAAGAGGAACUGGAAGAAGAGGUGCCUUGGACUAAACGGGAAACCGAGCUGGCACUCUGGGGUUUCCGUAAAUGGCGCUUUUAUCAGUUCACCUCGCUGCGGGACCUGCUGUGGGGCAAUGCCAUUUUCCUCAAAGAGGCCAACGCCAUCAGCGUCGAGCUCAAGAAGAAGGUUCAGUUCCAGUUUGUUUUAUUGACCGACACGCUUUACUCUCCGCUUCCUCCCGAUCUCCUGCCUCCCAGCGUCGCUAAAGACCGCGAGAAGAGGCCGUUCCCUCGCACCAUCGUAGCCGUGGAGGUUCAGGAUCAGAAGAAUGGAGCCACUCAUUACUGGACCUUAGAAAAAUUACGCCAGAGGUUGGACCUGAUGAGGGAGAUGUACGAUCGAGCAGCUGAUAUCCCCAGCAGUGCCGUGGAGGACUGUGACCACGCCCUGACCGGUGGUGACCCCUUCUAUGAUCGCUUUCCCUGGUUCCGCCUGGUUGGGAGCACUCCCAUUCUGAACACGUGCAUGAGCAAACGCAUGAGAGACCCCUCCCCCUCCCCCACCCUCUCCGAACCCGACUCGGACGUAACUGAGCUCGCAGACGAGCGGCAGUAUGGGAAGGAGGAGGAGGAGUUGGAGGAGUUGGAGGAGUUGGAGGACCUGGACGAUGAGAUGAAUGUGGAAGAGGGUCGACAGUGCCGAGGCCAGGACCCCUUUUACGACCGCUGGCCUCUGUUCUGUUUAGUGGGAAGGGCAUUUGUGUACCUGAGUAACCUGCUGUACCCCGUCCCUCUAGUGCACCGUGUGGCCAUAGUGAGUGAGAAAGGCGAGGUGAAGGGUUUCCUCCGGGUCGCCGUGCAGGCCGUCUCAGCUGAUGAAGAAGCUCCAGAUUACGGCUCGGGCGUCAGACAGUCAGGAACGGCUAAGAUCGCGUUUGAGGAUCAGCAGUUUGAAAAGUUUCAGACAGACUCAUGUUCAGGGGGAAUGUCGCACUCGAACACGUCUCAGGAAGAACUUCGCAUCGUAGAGGGAGAAGGUCAAGCUGCGGAAAUCAGUCUCUCAGCCGACGAGGUCAACAACAACACCUGCAGCAUCACGCCUGACGUUCCCGGCAGUCCUCAGAAGGAAGGUGUGGAAGGUGAAGAAGAUGCCGUACAGGAACAAACACUUUCACACCUGAAGAUUGGAAGCAGCUUCACCUUCAGAGUCACGGUUCUGCAGGCGUCCAGCAUCUCGGCUGAGUACGCAGACAUCUUCUGCCAGUUCAACUUCAUCCACCGGCAUGACGAGGCGUUUUCCACCGAGCCGCUGAAGAACACGGGCCGAGGACCACCGCUGGGCUUCUACCACGUCCAGAAUAUCACGGUGGAUGUGACGAAGUCGUUUGUGGAGUACAUUAAGACUCAGCCCAUCGUGUUCGAGGUGUUUGGACAUUAUCAGAAGCAGCCGUUUCCUCCUCUGUGUAAAGAUCUCAUCAGUCCUCUGCGUCCUUCGAGACGUCAGAUUCCUCGUAUCAUGCCGUUAUCCAAACCAGUUCCAGCGACUAAGCUGAGUGCGAUGGCUCGCUCCUCAGCCGGGCCGUGUCACAGCAAAUACGACCUGAUGGUCUUCUUUGAGAUCUGUGAGCUGGAGGCGAACGGCAGUGAGUACAUCCCUGCUGUAGUGGAUCACAGAGUGGGAAUGCCCUGUCAUGGAACAUUUCUACUUCACCAGGGAAUCCAGAGGAGGAUCAGAGUGACGAUCGCUCACGAGACAGGACAUGACAUCAAGUGGAAGGAAGUAAAGGAGCUCGUUAUCGGUCGAAUCCGUAACACUCCUGAAGCUGAUGAGACCAUCAUCGAUCCCAACAUCCUGUCCCUCAACAUCCUGUCUUCCUGCUACAUUAAACCUUCAUACGACGAUAGCGUUUCCCUGGGAAUUGAUCAUAGGACGUUUUACCGCUUCGAGGCAGCGUGGGACAGCUCCAUGCACAACUCCCUGCUCCUAAACCGGGUCACGCCGUAUGGAGAGAAGAUCUACAUCACGCUCUCGGCGUACCUCGCGAUGGAGAACUGCACCCAGCCCACGGUCAUCACCAAAGACUUCUGCAUGGUGUUCUACUCGAGAGACGCCAAGCUUCCCGCCUCACGCUCCAUCCGCAACCUGUUCAGCACCGGAGCUCUCAGGCCCUUAGAGAGUAACCGUGUAACUGGAGUGUACGAGCUCAGUCUGUGCCAUAUGGCAGAUGUUGGAAGUCCAGGAAUGCAGAGGAGGCGGCGGCGUGUGUUGGACACCUCGGUGGCGUAUGUUCGCGGUGAAGAGAACCUCGCUGGCUGGAGGCCUCGCAGUGACAGCCUCAUCCUGGAUCAUCAGUGGGAGCUGGAGAAGCUCAGUCUCUUGCAGGAGGUGGAGAAAACCAGACACUACCUGCUGCUGAGGGAGAAGCUGGAAGCAUCAGUGCUGCUGAGUCCAGAGUCUCUGUGCAGUAAAGACCUGAUGGAGUCGCCCAAAUCCCCGAGUCCCAGUCCGACAGGAAGCCCCGUCCUGGAGGGAACCACUGAGAGACAGAGGGAGCUGGCGGCUAAGUGUCUGCGCCUGCUCAUGCACACCUUUGACAGGCAGUACAGUCAGGUGAGCAGCAGUGCCAGUGAGAGCAAGCUCUCCGAGAUGUCUGCAUCUCUGCUGAGAGACAUUUCCUCAUCCGCCCUGAGCUCACUCACUCCGUCCACUACAUGUCCCUCUCUGGUGGACGGUCACUUUGAAAACCUUGACUUCAGUGCUGCAGAGACUCACUCUGGGGCCUCCAGUCCAGAUUUGGACCCAUUCAGUCCUGAGGAGAGGAAACCUCGAACCUGUACAUUUGUCCCCAACAUCCAGGAGAUCCGGGUCAGCCCCAUAGUGUCUAAGAAAGGCUACCUGCACUUCCUGGAGCCCCACACUAGCGGCUGGGUGAAGCGCUACGUUGUGGUGCGGCGUCCGUACGUUUACCUGUACCGCAGUGAGAGAGACAGCGUGGAGAGAGCUGUCAUUAACCUCUCCUCCACCCAGGUGGAGUACAGCGAGGAGCAACACGGCCUGCAGAGGACCCCGAAUGCGUUCGCUGUGGUCACUGAGCAUCGUGGGAUUCUCCUGCAGGCCAGUAAUGAUAAAGAAUUGCACGAUUGGCUCUAUGCCUUCAACCCACUGCUGGCUGGAACCAUCAGGUCGAAACUUUCCAGGACGAAAUCAGCACAGAUGAGGAUGUGAAAGAAAACCAGGAAGGUCCGGUGAUGAACGCGGAAACUCGAUGAGCUCCUGCGGUGUAAAUACUGCUGUGAAGAUAAUAAUAAUAAUAAUAAUAAUAAUAAUAACAAUAGCCUGUGCCUGCCUGCCUCCCUCUCUACUGCCCCCUGCCUGUGUGUGUGUGUGUGUGUGUGUGUGUGUGUGUGUGUGUGUGUGUGUGUGUGUGUGUGUGUGUGUGUGUGUGUGUGUGUGUGUGUGUGUGUGAGAGAGAAAGAGACAGAAAGAGUUUGUGUGUGUGUGUGUGUGUGUAUGAAUGAGUGUGUGUAUGUCAUUAGCAAAAGUACUGUAACUCGCCGUAAAAUUCUGCUUCUUCGUGAUAACUUCGUUUUUAAAUAUAAAAAGUUUAGCUGCUGUAAAUGCAACACAAUGCUGCAUAUAUCUGUGUGUGUGUGCAUGUGUGUGUGCGUGUGUGCGUGUGUGUGUGUGUGUGUGUGUGUGUAUGUGUGUGUGUGUGCGCUUCUGCAAGUUCGAUGUGUGUUAGUGCUGUUUUUCCCUGAGCAUUUCCUGAGAUGCUACAAAUCGAUUAAAUGCGAUCAGUACCGGGUUUUCUGAAGAAAAUGUCGUCCUCAUUACCUUCCAUAUCUACAAAAUUCUAAUCGCUUCAUUCGUGUAGGAUUUGUCAUCAAGAAACGGACAAUUUCGAAGCAAAACUAAUAUCCACGAUGUGAAAUGAGGUCCACGUAUAAGAUUUAAUUAUUUAGUAAAGAGGCUGGAACAGAUUUGUAAUCAUGGGCGUGGCAAUGAUCUCCAAUCUCUUUUAAAAGUAUCUGAGUGUGUAAAUGUAUAAAGGCAAGUUCAGGUUGCAGAAAAGUGAGGUGUGUGAACUCCAUCUAUAGUGAAGUGAAGCAAGGAGACAGAAAUGAGGGCCCGACGUAGGGGUCAUGUGACCAUGUUGUUUUCCGUCCUGACUAGACGGCUCCAUUCAGCUUUAAAAGAAAACCCACAGAGACUUUACAAGGAGGAAACAUUGUGCUGAUUGUGUAAACCGGAAACUCGUUAUAGCUUUAACAGGAAGUCUGCGCUGGACGGACAGAGAGAGGAAUGGGAAUGUUUUCACCAAUUAGUAGCCAUUGUCAUGGUUACAGAGUGAAACAAUCAGCAAUCAUCCUAUGGUGAAGGAGAAAGAGAGAAAGAGAGAGAGAACGAUAUAUAUAUAUAUAUAUAGAGAGAGAGAGAGAGAGAGAGAGAGAGAGAGAGAGAGAGAGAGAGAGAGAGAAUGAGAAGGAUACUGGAUGACCUCUAGGUGGUGCUGAUGUGCACAGCUUUUCAAAAGUACCAAAACGUUUGAACGCUGUUUUAAACAAAGGGAAUGAGAAGUUUCUUCUAAAUGUAUUUUAUUAAUUUAGAACAUUUUAUUACAAUUUUCUUUAUUUGAUUUUCACUCUGUAUGUUUUUAACAUUAUUUAUUUAAAUAAUUUAUUUAUUCAGAUAUAAAUUGUCUACUGAUGUUUUCAUUUUAAUUCACAAAACUUGUUUUGAUAAUCAGCUAGCACUGUGUGUGUGUGUGUGUGUGUGUGUGUGUGUGUGUGUGUGUGUGUGUGUGUGUGUGUGUUAGUUAGAGCAUCUGAAGGAAAAAAACAUGCUUAGAUUAUCAGAUAUAUACAGUGUAUAUAUACAGUAUAUAUGGGUGUAUUAUAAUCUAUACGUGUUCUAUACAUUAUUAUUAUUAAUUGUUUUUCCGAAUCUACUUUCAGAAUCUAAAACAUCCUGAAAUCUGAAAAGAAGGAGAAUUUUCAAAAAUCCAUCCCCCUGCUGGAAAACUAAAAUUGUGUGUAAUGGUUGCUAAUGGAAUCCUGAUUUCAAUUUAUCGUGAUUGUUGAAAGUAUGUGGACACCUGACCUGAUCUGUGUUUUGUGAAGAUCACGUUUCACAUUUAAUACCUAUUUGCACCUGCGCCUUACUCUUCUGGGAAGAUGUUCCACUAGAUUUUGUAAAGAUUCAUUCAGCUUAAAGGGUGUUAGUAAAGUCAGAUACUGAUGUAAAUGAGAAGGUGAGGAGACCUGGGGUGCAGUCAGCAUUCACAUUGAUCAUGUUCAAUAAUGUUGGAGCUCUAUAGAAGGAGAUGUUCCACAUCCUUUAACCCAUGGAAAGCAGAUCUUCAUUGAGCUGAAACCUGUUCGCGUCUCUUAGUUCUAUUGAGGAGAAGAACCACAUAUGGCUGUGUGUCCCAAUACUUUUGACUGUGUGUAUAUGUAUAUAUAUAUAUAUAUAUAUAUAUAUAUAUAUAUAUAUAUAUAUAUAUAUAUAUAUAUAUAUAUAUAUUAU